UGUUUUAUAUACAGUAGGUACCUAUGCUUAUAAAAAGUUUUAGCAAGCAUAUUUUAUUAAAUCAAAAUAAAAUUAUUAUAGAUAAAAUAGUACAUUAUUGUGUACAAGUGUGUAAUAUUGGUGACUACCGCUGAGGCGACAUUGAGACCAGCCCCCAGUCGAUAUGCGAUCAAAGAUAUGAUAUCAUAAUGGCAACAAGUUAUAUAACGAUUUUGCGAGCAUGAACAACCUAUCGAUAUGAUACGAUAUAAAACUAACACGGGAUAUGCUCUGAUAUGCCGAUAUGGAAUGUUGCCAAUAUAACCCGAAGUACAGCACAGCAGCUUAAGCUGCUUGCUGAUUAUAUGGCUGCGCAUCCGAGCUUGGCUCAUGGAGAAUUUUCUAGGCCACAAGGAAAACUCAACGAGCAAAGGGAGUGGGAGGAACUGCGCGUCAUAUUAAAUGAACACGGGCCGGAUAAAUCUUUGGAGCAGUGGAAAGUGACUUGGCGCGACUUACGCCGCAAGGCCCGAACUGAGGGGAGUGUGGCGAAUCGUGCCAGAAAUAUCACUGGAAAUGCUACUCCAGUACCGGCCAUUUCUGAAAUUUCUCAGAAAAUUCUUGGAGUCAUGGGCACCGAAGGAGCCUUUGGGAUCCAUGGUGCUGAAGAAUCUGGUAUUGGCUUCUCCAUAGAAGUUUUAGAGGAUGAAGUGGCUGGACCUUAAGGUGUACAGGACCAAAAUAAUAAUGAAAGUACACAAAAGAUUUAUCAAUUUGUGGUAGGUCCAAACCUGCCACAUCAAGAACAUCAAGUCGAGCAUGAUGAAGUUUUGACGAUUAACAUGGGUGCAAGUGCCAGAGAUAACGACCGUAGACGGGGUGCGGGUGCGGGCGCGGGUGCGAACAUUAGCAGGAGGUCCGCUGGAGCUGGACGUCAGCAACAGCAGCAACGCGAGCGACAGCGCCGUAACAGACCCCAACCGCAAGCACGAGCUAACCAAUUCUUAGAAGCAGAGCUGGAUAGCAAUAAUAUUUUGAGGGUAUGUGUCCUUUUACAAUAAAAGGGAAAAUUAAUAAAUAAUAUUAUACUUCAAUGCUAUCACUCAAAUAUAUACAUGUUUAAUUUUGUUAUAGGAUAUUGCAAAUCAAUUAAAUAUUAUGAAUCGGAACAAUGCCGUACGAUCGCGACAGAAAUAUAAGGAAAAGUAAGUACCUAAGAAAUAUGUAUGAGCUAUUGAAAAUUUUUGGAGCCAGAGAAACUUUCAUAGUCGGCCACGAUGAUACUAGCACAUCAAAUGCCUAUUCGUACUUGCAAUUUGUACAAUCGAAAACAGCAUAUCAUAAAUAUGCUCUAAAGUG